AUGUCUGGACCCGGUUCCAAGAAGUCAUCACGUUCGGUGCAGAAAGAUGUUGAUGGCAAUGAUGAUGCGUUUGUACCUGCAGUGGAAAUCCUAACCUCACAUGAUGAUGGGAAGCAGUCAUCGGAAAACACAAUUGUCGGGCUGAUUGAUGAUCGUUCGGCCAAGGAUCAGAAGAAGAAAACGGGUGCCAAGCCCAAGGGCAAGAAAGCACCCACUUUCAGCUGUGCUCUCUGCAAGUGGCCCGACAAUAACGAUAUGGUUAUGUGCGAUUCGUGCAAUCUAUGGCACCACUUUAUCUGCGUGGGUGAAACCCAGGGGGUUAGUAACCGGCCAUGGAUUUGCGAGAAAUGUCUAGCAAAGGAAAAGAUUCAACAAAAAGGUUAUUCUAGCGUGGGUAGCAUUAUAGAUGUUCCAGUCAGUAUUGGUAAGAACCACGACCAGAGGGUUCUAUUGAAAAGGUUAAAAGAAGAAGCCAAGUUGAAGGAGGAAUUCGCGAUGAAAAGGUUAGAACUACAAGAGAAGUUGGCUAGCGAAUUUCUUCUGAAGAAAUAUGAACUGCUCGGCAUAAACGGUGAUGAUAAUGGUAGCAUAGUAGGAAGCGAAAUAUCCGAAUCGGGGAAUAGUAGGCAGCGCAUCAGGGACUGGAUCGAUGGCGUCGAACAAUGCGUUGAACCAGGAAAUCCUUCUUCAGAAAAAUCUUUCGUUAUGCAAAGCGGAAAUCCAAGAAAACAAAACUCGCGAAUGGGAACUGGUAUCCCAAGUGUUUUGAAUUCACUAUCUUUGACGCCGUUUGUGAAUGGGCAGAUGGUGAGCAACAAUCAAUGUCGGCAGCCUGUUGGAAACGAUACCAGCGGUCGGCAUUUCCUUCCCGAGCAGAAAUCUACGCCAAAUAACCGAAGAUUGGCUGGUGGGUGCGUACUUCCUGAGCAGCACAACGAUUUGGAAUCUUUCGUGUUGAACCGAAGCCAACUAGCGGCCCGGCAGGCGGUGUCCAGGGACUUACAGGAGUUCAGUGGUGACCCAGAAGACUGGCCGUUAUUUUACGGCACCUUUAUUUCAUCGACCGCAAUGUGCGGAUUCUCAAAUGAGGAGAAUAUGCUCCGUUUGAGAAAAUGCUUAAAAGGAAGAGCGCUUCAAGCAGUGCGCUCUCGCCUGUUACAUCCCUCGAAUGUUGGCGGAGUAUUGGCUACACUAAAAAUGGUUUUCGGUCAGCCGGAGUCGAUUGUACAAGCGAUAACUUUCAAAAUUAGAAGUCUUCCUCCCCCCGAUAUGGAUCGGCUGGAAACAUUAGUUGAUUUUGCUCUAUCGGUAGAGAAUUUGCGCGCUACAAUAGAGGCAUGUGAGGUAGAUGGUUUUAUGCAUAAUGUAUCCUUACGCAACGAACUUAUUAAUAAAUUACCCACAAUUCUAGCGAUGCAAUGGGCUAAAUAUGCCCGUGAAUCGAAGUCUCAAACACUGUCUGAUUUAAGCUCUUGGCUCUAUUCUAUGGCUGAAGAUGCUAGUUGGGUUCUGAAAUCUUCCCCACCAAUUCGAAAAACUAGGAAGAAUGAUAAGCAUGUGAAUGUUCAUGCUAGCUUAGAGUACCACAGUGCAUUACCUUCAAGUUCUUCGUUCAAUUCCCAACAGCAUAGUUCUCAAAUGGUUAAGCCGCUCAAGACCAAAGAAUGCAGCGUAUGUAAGGGUUCGUGCGCUUCCAUUGCCAAGUGCCAGAGAUUCAGCGGACUAGAUUAUGAUUCUAAGUGGGCAGUUAUCCGAGAACUGCACUUGUGCAAAAAAUGUCUUCGACGUCACACCGGAUAUUGUAGGUCACAGUCAGUAUGCGGCGUAAAUGGGUGCGACUUAAAGCACCAUCCAUUGAUGCAUAAGUCGUUAACACCACCAGCAGCACCGGCGCCGGCUCCACAGAACUACGACGAAACAAACUGCAACAUACACCGGAAUCAAUCGAACGAGGUUUUGUUCAGGGUUGUACCUGUCACGCUUCAUGGAACAGGUACGGUCGUCCACACGUAUGCACUUCUAGAUGACGGUUCAGAGUUAUCGCUAAUAGAUGAAGACUUGGCUGAGCAGUUGCAGCUGGAAGGUGCGCGAAAGGCACUUUGCCUGAAAUGGACAGGAGAUACCCGACGCUAUGAGGAAAAUUCCAGAGUUGUAAACCUUUGUAUUUCUGGUGCAGGAGGUGCUUUACAUGCUUUGAAUGGAGUUCGUACAGUUCAAGAGUUGAAUUUGCCACAUCAGUCUUUAGUUGUCGAGGAGCUAACAGUAAGGUAUCCCUACCUGAAAGGGCUGCCAAUUCAAUCGUAUCACGACGCCGUUCCGCGUAUUCUCAUUGGGUUAGAUCAUGCUCAUUUGGGAAAUACACUCAAGCUACGCGAAGGCAGUGUCAAUCAACCGAUCGCUGCAAAAUCCAGGUUAGGGUGGCUAGUUUUCGGAAGUUGUGUGGAGCGCAGACCAGCUAGUGUUUAUGCUAACGUUCACUACCUUCCGCAAUGCGAAUGCAUAGAUGAUGCUGAACUUCAUAAGGCGAUGAAGAAUUAUUUUUCCUUGGACAGCAUGGGAGUGGUGCAACGAGAAGCUAUGCUUUCAACAGACGAUCAGAGGGCACUUCAUCUACUCCAAACGAAAACCCUUCGACUACCUGAAAAGUAUGAAGUUUGUCUCUUGUGGAAGUACGAAAAUGUUAGGCUACCAGACAGUAAGGUGAUGGCACUUCGUAGAUGGGAAUGUUUAGAGAAACGUUUGUCAAAAGACCAAUCGCUCGCUCGGAUACUGAAGGAGAAAAUAGAGGAUUACUUAGAAAAGAACUAUAUUCGCAAGUUAACUAAAUCUGAACUUGAAUCCUGCUUCCCACGGGUUUGGUAUCUUCCGAUCUUCCCGGUGGUAAACCCGAACAAACCAAGCAAAGUCAGAAUUGUUUGGGAUGCUGCGGCGAAGGCCCAUAAUGUAUCGUUGAAUUCCGUAUUAUUAAAAGGUCCCGACCAGUUAUGCUCGCUUCUAUCAGUCCUACUGAAAUUUCGCGAAUUCCGGGUGGCAUUCUCAGGUGACAUCCGUGAGAUGUAUCACCAAGUGAUGAUCAACGAAACUGACCAGCAAUGUCAGAGAUUUUUUUGGAAGGAUGAUCCUUCAGCACCUGAGCCUAGUGUCUUCGUAAUGCAGGUGAUGACCUUUGGGGCUAGCUGUUCGCCGAGUUGUGCCCAAUUUAUAAAAAACACCCAUGCCCGAAAAUUUAGUGAUCGGUUUCCAGAAGCAGUCGAUGUAAUUAUAAACAAGCACUACGUAGAUGAUGCUUUAGUCAGCGUAGAGAAUGAAGAAGAUGCAAUACGGGUAGCGAAAGAAGUUCAUGAAAUUCACCGAUCAGGAGGGUUCGAAAUUAGAAACUGGAUUUCCAACUCCCAAAGAUUUCUGAACGCCUUGUCUGGUCAAAUGAACUCCGAGAAAAACUUGAAUAUUUGUUCAGAACUAGCCACCGAGAAAAUAUUGGGGAUGUAUUGGGACACCGCAUCCGAUAUGUUCAGAUUUAAGCUCUCCUCACGCCACGAUCCUGAACUUCUGUUGGGGAAACGUAUACCAACGAAGAGAGAAGUGUUAAGAACUCUGAUGAUGAUAUUCGACCCUCUCGGAUUAAUCGGGCAUGUCCUCAUGUAUUUGAAAGUGAUCCUCCAAGAGAUUUGGCGAGCUGGCACAGCUUGGGACGAAGCUAUAGAUAACGAUCUUUUCAGGAAAUGGUUGCAAUGGUUAAAAGUGUUACCCAACUUAGAAGAUAUUCGCAUUCCUCGCUGUUUUCGGGCAUUGACCUCCGCCUCGAGUGCAACAGAAGUGCAGCUCCAUACGUUUGUAGAUGCCAGCGAGAGUGGAUUCGCUGCAGCUGUAUUCUUGAGAUUCGAAGAGGGUGUACACAUAGAGUGCUCGCUAGUUGGAACUAAAACGCGUGUUUCACCACUGAAAUUUUUGACCAUUCCUAGGUCUGAGCUGCAAGCGGGAGUUAAGGGGGAAAGAUUCGCUUCGAGUGUCAUCAAGUCUUUAUCGAUCCACAUCUCCCAUCGUUUUUACUGGACCGACUCUAGAAAUCUAUUAUGCUGGCUUAAAUCCGAUCAUCGUCGCUACAGCCAGUUUGUCGGCACGCGCGUGAGUGAAAUAUUAGAGCUGACUGACAUCAGUGAAUGGAAUUGGGUACCAACCAAGGACAAUGUUUCUGACGACGGUACGAAAUGGAGAGGUGUUCCUGAUAUCUCCGAGAACAGCCGAUGGUUCAAAGGUCCACCAUUUAUCUACCAGCAAAAGCAAAAGUGGCCUAAAAUUCCAUCGACUCUAGGGGCUACCGAAGAAGAACUACGACCGAGAUUGAUGCUGCACUACGCUACCUGCCAGCCGAUCGUUGAAGUUGAAAACUUCUCCAAAUGGGUCAAACUGUACCGAUUGACUGCAAUGUUCUUGAGGGCCGUUAAAAAGUUCAUCGUUUUCUUGAAGAUCAAAAGAGAGUCGCAGAGACCAUGCAUUUUAUUACCACUAAGUCAAGAUGAGCUUAUUGCAGCACAAAACCUUUUGUAUCGUCAAGUUCAAAGCUAUGCCUAUCCCGAAGAAUAUUCCCUUCUACAGAAACCAUCGAAUACUUCCUUACCUAAACGCAGUUCACUUUUUCGCGUAUCACCGUUUCUAGACGAACAUCAAGUUAUGCGCAUUCAUAAUCGCGCUAAAAAUUGCCAAUUUACUGACCUAGAAUCUAAAAACCCAAUAGUUUUGCCACCCACGCACCAUCUUACCAAACUAAUCGCACAACAUUACCAUCGAAAUCUGCUACAUCGCAAUCAUGAAACCGCAAUCAACCGUCUACGUUUACGUUAUUAUAUCCCAAAAUUGAGAGCUUUCUUCCGUAGAAUGAGAGGAGAUUGCCAACAAUGUAAAAUCGCAAACGCUAAACCACAACCACCAGCAAUGGCCGAUCUUCCUGCUUCGAGGUUGGCUGCAUUUUGUCGACCUUUCACGUACGUGGGUGUGGACUAUUUCGGUCCGAUACCAGUUUCUGUAGGUCGUCGGUCAGAGAAAAGAUGGGGCGUCUUAGUCACCUGUCUAACAACCCGAGCAAUCUACAUCGAGCUGGCGCAUUCCCUUACAACAGAUUCCUGUAUAAUGGCCCUAAGAGUGUUCAUGGUUCGACGAGGUGUUCCUGCAGCCAUUUACAGUGAUCGUGGAACGAAUUUUAUAGAAGCUUCGAAAGAAUUGUCCAUAGAACUGGAUAAGAUGAAUCAAAACAAAUUGAUAGCAGCAAUCGUAUCUCCAGAUACCAGAUGGGAGUUCAAUCCGCCAGCUUCUCCGCACAUGGGCGGUUCGUGGGAGAGGCUCAUACAAAGUGUAAAAAAGAACCUGCAAAACAUGACGUUGACUAGACUGCCAUCUGAUGAAGUACUCCGGUGCGCAUUGACCGAAAUUGAAGGGACAGUCAACUCCAGGCCUCUCACCUUUGUUGCAUUGGACGACGAGGAUUCACCUGUUCUAACGCCGAAUCAUUUCAUCCUGGGAUCGUCGGAUGGCCUGAAACCGUUGGCUCUCUUUGACGAUAGUUCUAAAGCGUUGAAGAAAUCCUGGCACACCUCUCAGUUGAUCGCGAAUAUUUUCUGGAGACAUUGGCUCAACGACUAUCUUCCGUGUCUUACACGGCGGUCCAAGUGGUUCAAUCUAGCUCGUCCGAUUUCCGUAGGAGAUGUCGUCGUGAUUGCUGAUCCCAACUCACCCCGGAAUACGUGGCCUAAGGGCAGAGUCAUCGGGACAAGCCAUGCCAAAGAUGGACAAGUGAGAUGGGCGGUCGUCCAGACGGCGCAUGGUAUUUAUGAGCGCCCUGCAGUUAAGAUCGCGGUUCUCGACGUUGGCGUUCAACCUAUUGCGUCCCAGGAGGAAUGUGGCCGCACUACCGGGGGGACUGUUAUCGGCGCCGUGUCGAAUCCCUCGAUCAGAAACGUCCGAUCGUAA